UGUCUCUUUAAGACGAAAAAGAGCCCAUGACGUACACGUUUGCCUCAGCUGUCAGCACUGUGGGUUUCUCUCCGCACCGAGAUGCUGUCAAACGUCCCAUCUACCGCCAAGGUGCUCGUCGAAGGACAAGUGAUGAGAAUGAUUCGAUGAUGAUCCACAACGAUGGCUUCUCAAAAUAUGAGGCAACAGUGCAACAGAGGGGCAGGAGGAGGCCUCCAGCAGAGAUGCUCCAUCUGCUCGCCGCCGUCAUUGUUUGGCUAGUGACCGGCACCACCAUCUCCAGCCUCAACAAAUGGAUCUUCGCAGUGUACAACUUCAGGUACCCUCUGCUGCUGUCGGCUCUGCACAUGCUGACGGCCAUAGUGGUGGACUACUGCUUGAUCAAGUUGCGGGUGAUCCGCCACAGAGGCGUGGAGGAGCAGGACCUGACCACCGGCGCCAAAUGGAAAGUCUUCCUGCUGAGUCUUACGUUUUGCGCCAGCAUCGCCUUUGGAAACAUGGGUCUGAACUAUGUCCAGCUAUCCUUUGCACAAAUGAUCUACACCACCACACCGCUCUUCACCCUGGCCAUCUCCACGCUGAUUCUGGGCAAGCAGCAUCACAUCCUCAAGUAUACAGCCAUGAUGCCCAUCUGCCUGGGGGCAUCCUUCAGUAUCAUGGGGGAGGUCCAGUACGACCAGACCGGAUGCUUGUUUGUCAUUGCAGCCACCAUGUUUAGGGGUGUCAAGUCCAUCCAACAGAGCAUUCUCCUCCAGGAGGAGAAGAUCAACUCUGUCUUCCUGCUCUACCUGAUGUCCAUCCCCAGCUUCUGCAUCCUGGCCGUGGCUGCCCUGGCUCUGGAGAACUGGGCCCUGUUGGAGUCACCGUUCCACUACGACCAGCGCCUGUGGCUCUUCAUCCUGCUCAGCUGCCUGGGCUCGGUGAUGUACAACCUGGCCAGCUGCUGCGUCAUCACGCUCACUUCGGCCGUCACCCUGCACAUCCUGGGAAACCUGAGCGUGGUGGGCAACCUGCUGCUGUCUCAGCUGCUGUUUGGCACAGAGCUCUCCGCCCUUAGCUGCGCCGGCGCCUUACUCACGCUGUCCGGCAUGCUCAUCUAUCAGAACUCGGAGCUCAUCGUCAGCUACAUGGACAUGCGUAGAGGCAAAAUGAAACGCCCGCUGGAGUCUGACGAAACAGAAACACCCGACAAGAUGUGUCCUCGACAAAGAAUAGACGAGAAAGAGAAGGACAAGACAGAUUGAGCUCCAGGAAGUGGUAAUAAUAUUGACAUUAACUAGUCAAGGGCAGCUGACCUUAUAAGGUGAUGUUGUGCCAGAGUAGUCAUCCCCCUCCUCACUGUGCCAGUUCUACUAUCCCAUAGAGUCCAGAAGAAACAGUGGCCUUAAAAAAAUGAUGACUCCCUCUUCUCCUUCAUUUACAUAUCACUCUGACACCAUGGAGGUGACAUGCAUACACAAGCAUGCUAAAACUGGUUGCAUACCUGGCAUUCACACAUCACCUCAGCACCACUGUGAAUCCAACUCAUUUGCAGAGGACAUUAUUUUGUCAAUGUUGUGCUGAAAUGGUGUCAAAUUUGAAGUGAACAAAAACUGUUACAUCACUCCCUGUUUUUGUCUUAAUCAGGGAAUUAGGAUUUUGGCAGCUUUUUCUGUUAAAGUUGUAAAAAAAACAAAAGAAAAGAAAACAUUUUUUUCCAAAUAAGAUAACCUGUAUUCUCCUCUAUAAAGCACACAGAGCGCCUUUGGCUCGAGACCUACAUUCGGAGCUCCAAAUUGAGGCAAUGAGUCUCUAUAGAAUUCCAACAAUUACUUCUGUCACUCCAGCGUGCCUCCAUAAUUAGCGUUCCAUGUGGUGAGCCUUUGAAGGUGAAAUCUUGAGUCCCAACCAGUGUCACUUAAUGUUUUUGUUUGUUUCUUUCGGCUUUUUCCUGAUUAUAAGACAUUAUUAUUAUUAUUAUUUACUAGCACAUCUUCCAAACUGGACUUCUGCUGGACAAUGCCUAUUUAAAGAUUUGUAUGUUUUAUUUAUACAUUUUAUGACGGAUGUGUAAAUAUUGCCCUUUUAAUUAUUUAAACAAAAAAGUAUUUAUUUUAAAAUGCCAUAGCAAUCACUGGCUUUGUAAUGUUGUAUUGCAUACAUAGUAGAGUACCAGUCAAAAGUUUGGACAGUUUUCUCAUGCUAUUGAAUGAGCAUGUGUAUACAAACUUUUGACGGGUGCUGGUACUGCACUCCUUUGUUGCCAGAUGCAACAUGAAGACGUACGGAAGCUGCUACUGCUUUCGGGAAUGCUGACACAAGAAAGAUCCCGGAUGUUUUGAAUGUGUAUGAUACGGUAUGCCAAAUGUUUACUUGUGUUUUAGCGCUUUCAUUGCACUGUGUUGUCAAACUGGUUCCACACCAGAGAGACGGCAAAGCCAUCCAUUUUGAUGUUACAUUUUUGUGUUUACCUCAUUUUCAGCUGUUGUAAUGUACUUACUACUAAUCCAUACAGUAACACUGUCCAAACAGUUAAAAUUCAUCAAUUUCCCAGUCCAUUUCAAUAAAAUCAUGGCUGGAUUUUUAAGUUUGAUGGUUUUUAUGUGUGAUUAAGCACAGGACUGAGAUCAAGCAGCUUUUUCAACACCCACAUGAAAUGAGGAAAUAUUGCAAACAAAUACAAUGACCAGGAUGAAACUUGCUUGUCCUCUCAUUGUGAUGGGUUGCAAAAGCUGCUUGGAUGUUUUAUUUCAUGACUGUUUUACUGCUGUGCCGAUUCAUGAAUGCAUCAUGCCUUAUCCCAACAUAGGAUGCCUCCUAAAAUGUUAUUUUCCCUUUUUGUUGUGAAGGGGCAAACUAAAUCUCCUGUUUUAUGUACAUACUGUACAUUGAAUGAUAUAACUUUCUUGUCACAAGUACCUCUGCCAUUUUAUUUACUCUUAGGUAUCUCAUUCAAUGUAAUCUUUUCUUUUACAUCACUUGAGCCAUGACUGUUCACUACUAAUUAGAGGCAUUAAUGGGUAUUUUUUUUAGU